AUGGAAUCCUUUUAUGCUCUGGCUUUAAUAGCAGGAAUCCUUGUUACUUGUGUAUUACUGGUUUUAAUUGCAAUUUAUCAUAAUUCCUUCAAGACAGAGAUUCCUCCUGAUAUUGACCAGCCUUCAAAGCUCCGCCUAUAUCAUUGCACAUAUGUUCUGAUGGAAAUCCUGGCAAAGAAGUUGCAAAGUCUGGGCAUCUUAGAGGAUCACAAACUUACAAGGCUGAUUUUUGAUGGCCUCCCAGCAUGCAGGGAUUCAAAGCUCUUCAUAAAGGAUCUGCAUUUUGAUGAGGUGCCAGUGAGGAUUUACCUCCCAAGAGAACCAUCCGCAAGCAAAAGGAGAGGAGUCAUCUUCUUCCACGGAGGAUGUGGGAUCUUUGGAAGUAUCAGAAGCCAUGAAAGGAUCUGCAGGUCCAUAGCCACCAAUUCUGAUUCAGUGGUUGUGUCUGUUGGGUAUGGGUUAUCUCCUGAGCACAAGUACCCAGCCCAGACCCUGGACUGUCUCACUGCCACCCUGCACUUCCUGAAGGCUGCAGAAAACUAUGGAGUGGAUCCUGAGCGGGUGAUUGUCUGUGGAGAUAGUGCAGGGGGCACCUUUGCUACCAGUGUUUGCCAAGAACUGGUAAACAGAAGAGAGAUCCCAAAGAUACGUGCCCAGGUACUGAUCUAUCCCCUUGUCCAAGCACUGAACUUUAAUCUGCCAUCGUACCAGCAAAAUGCUUUCAUUCCCUUCUUGUCCCGAGAACGCACAGUUCAUUUCAUCCUGAAGUACCUGCAGAAGGAUUACUCUCUGAAGGAAGCCAUCCUAGCAGGUUCUCAUGUUCCUGAGAGGAUCACUUUGAAAUACAGGAAAUGGAUAAACCCAGACCUUAUCCCGGAGACAUUUAAACUGGGCUAUAAACCACCGCUACCCUCUCCAUUUUUACCUCAGGCCUAUGGGGAAACAAAAGAACUGUUUGAGACAAGAGUUUCCCCACUGUUAGCAGAAGAUGCUGUUGUUUGCUGCCUACCUGACACUUGCAUCAUCACCUGUGAGCACGAUGUGCUCAGAGAUGAUGGAUUGCUGUACAAGAAACGCUUAGAGGACAACAAGGUAAAAGUGACCUGGCACCACAUGAAAGAAGGCUUCCACUGCGCACUGGGAUUUUUUGGUUAUGGUAUUUUCUCUUUUCCAUCAUCAAGUAAAAUGGUGAACCACAUUGUAACCUUUAUAAAAGGCUAUUAA